ACUGCAGUCAAGAACCCUGAGGCUGAGGGCAUGUUUGGUACGAAAGAAAAGUGAUGUGGCAAAAUUGAGGUUGCAGGCAGCAACAGGCAAUUGCAGAUCACCAGGUCAUCCAUGGCAAGUGGUGAUACAGCGACCAGCAGGACACACUCCCAAAAAUCCAGCCUCAAAAUGGGCAACAAGCCAUGUUCCUUCUCCUGCUUCCCCUUUCUCUGAAACCCACACUCACUCACUUCCUUACAAAAACAGAAAUAUUUCUAAUCUCUCUCUCUUUAUCUCUGCUAGGUGCUUUGUCCCUCUCCCCAUCUAAUCCCAUCCCCAUUUUCACCCCCUAAAUUGCCCUUUACUCCACUUUCACAUUGCAAUUUUCCCUCGCUUUCUAGAUCUGCCAAUUCAAAACCCUCCUCAAUAUCCUUUUCUAUCACCAAAUUUGCUUCUUUUUGUAUAUUUUCAAAUCCAUUAUUAUGGUAUAAUUAUAUGUGUCCAGUAUCCAGAUCUGGAGAAUAAUAAGGUAGUGGGUACUUCUCUGAUGUUGCUAUGAUGAAAUUAAGAGUGACAUUUUCAUCGCAAAGUUUGUAGCGAAGAUGGGAUCCAGUGGGAGCAAGGCCUACAGUGGUGGUGCAUCGUCAUCGCCAUCGUCAUCGUCAUCGUCAAGUGAAAGUGGCGGUGGUGGUCGGAGCGGAAGAAAGGGGAAAUGUACAGGCAGUAGGGUUUUCCAAUCUUCUUGUCUUGGAGCGCCUUCUGGGUCUCGUGAUACUAACAAUGAUGAUAAUAAUGUUUCUGAUCAUGUGAGCAAAGAAACUGGAGGCAAUACUUCAUCUACUAGCCAGAGGGAAGGAGAGUCAGAUCAGGUCAAAAUUGAAUGUUACAGAAAGGUUAAAGUCGAACAAUCUGAUGAAACUUGUGUAUCUUCUAAUCUUGAGCUUGAUGAAUGGAAUCAAGCAAGUAUCACUAAUACUACCUCAAGGAUGGGUAACAGCUCUGCCCGAGCUGCUUCCACUCCAUCCUUGACAUCUCAAAGUAGCUUUCUCUCUCGCUUUAGUUUUGUUCCUGGUAAUGUAAGCUUUAGACUAAGCAGAGCAACCAGUUUAGGGUCAUCCAGGCCUUACCGCAUCCCUUCUACAAGUCUCCAAAUGCUCAAUGAUGAAGAAGAGAUUCGCUUUCGACCAAGAUCUGCCAAUGGCAUCAUUGAUGGGAAUGAAACUCGUCAAAGUAGCAACUUGCUGCCUACAUCUUUGAUCAAUAGAACUCAUACACAACAGUGUGAAGGCUCUUCUGCAAAUUUGGGAUGUCACUAUCGAGCAUCUGGUUUGGACAAUAAUGAAGGCAAUCUGAAUUCUUCUGUUCAUGAUCAAUGCAGAGAUCGCGGUGGCACCAGAGUGGGGAUUGAUUUAACCUCACAUUCUCCAAGAAUUCUUAGUGAUUCAGAUAGUUUUGAGACUAGAAUUUCUGAUAGACGGAUUGGAGCACAAGAACCUGUUGACCGAAAUGUUCGUUUUAGUCGCACCCUCAGUGUGGGACGACUUCGUGACAGAGUUCUUCGUCGGUCAUCACUAUCUGACGUUACUUUUUGUCCUUUGCAACAAGAGAGACAAGUGAGAGAUGCCGUUCAGGUUAGUGGGAGACAAACUUUGGGUGGUGAAAUGAGGCCGUCCGAAUCUGAAGGCAAUACUCUAAGAUCUCCAACUACCUCUGGUUAUCCUCCUCCUGGCACCUCUAGCUCCUUGUUCAGCAUAAACGAUCAUGAUCUAGAAACUACAAGAUCAAGAGAUGCCAGGUAUCAUGACCUACUGGAACAUAGGUCAAAUUUCCUUGAGCGGAGGAGGAGAAUACGAUCUCAGGUUCGUGCUCUUCAGCGACUGGGAAGUCGUUUCGAGAAUCUGUCUGGACAUGAGAGGUCUUGUAUAUCAUCCGGUCAUCACCGAACAGGCCAUUGUACAUGUCGUGUAACUAAUAGGGAUGCCAAUUUAAAUGAUGACACAAGUGCUAGAGCUAGCAUAUCAAGAAUUGUCAUGUUAGCUGAAGCUCUGUUUGAGGUUCUGGAUGAAAUUCACCAGCAAUCUGUGGUGCUAUCCUCUCGCCCAUCAAUGUCUUCGCUUGGAUCUGUACCUGCACCUACUGAAGUAGUGGAAUCCUUACCAGUCAAAUUAUACUCAAAGUUGCAAAAGCAACAGCAUGAAGAGGCAGCUCAAUGCUAUAUAUGCCUUGUGGAGUAUGAGGAAGGGGACAGCAUGCGGUUACUGCCUUGCCAUCAUGAAUUUCACAGAGCAUGCAUAGACAAAUGGCUCAAGGAGAUCCAUAGGGUAUGUCCACUUUGUCGUGGGGAUGUUUGCAGAUCAGAUUCAUUGCAAUCUGCCAGUUGAUGAACCUACGUCUCCUCUGCAGAUGUUAAGUUUUUGAAAUGUCGACUUGGUUCCAAUCAAGGGAUCAGCAGCUUCAUGACAUUUUAGGUUAGAAGCGUAGCUUGGGAGUUGUGUGGAUCUUUUAUUUAUUUCUCAAGGGGGUGAAGUUGGGUGUUAAUGGUUGGAUGGAAUUUGCAAUAUUUUUUUUCCUUCACUUGUUAGAGAGUUUUCAGGUAGUGACUUCAUCAAAAAAGGUCCUCUCAUCUUUUAAUUAUGAUCAUCAUCAUUUUCCUGUAAUCUUUACAUGUAGUUUUCAUAAAUAAAACACAAAUAUUAAGGUAAAGGUAAUUUUUCCUUUUUCUUUA